CCUCUGAAGUUUUGAUCAUAACCAUCUAUGCUCUAGCAUCCAGCUUUUCAAGCAUCUUCUCGAACCUUUUCACUCUGUAUAUCUUGUCUAUCUCGUACAUAAACGCCGAUUGUCAUCUUUCACGUUAACAAUGCCUCCAGCAGAUACGGUUCAGACUGGCUCCUCACUGGCCCUAUCACAACCAAACACGCCACCGAGCAGCCCGAAUCCAUCAUCGUCAGAGCAUAUCGUCACAUUGAACAAUGCCCAGCAGUUCAUUGAUAUGGUCAAAGCUGUUGUUGCCAUGCAGAUUGCUUUGCCUCCUGUUCCGAAGUGCGCUUGCUCUCACACGCCAGACACGCCAACCCUUCAAGGAUUCACCCAGCCUCUUACGGUCGAGGAUCUCGAGCAGUCCAUUGCGAAGACCAUUGAAGCAAAACUGUCGACCUCGGCUGGGAAAUCCGAGGAUCCCAAACCUGUCCCUGCAGGCGCUCAGCUAGAGGAUGUGGCAGCCAAAGCUUCGAGACUAGAAUUCAAGACGGUCGAUGAACUUUGGGACGGGAAAGCCCAUACGUAUGCGAUUGUGGAAUCUCUGAAACCAGUAGGCCAGGUAACUGGACUAGACCAAUACGUUUUUGUAGUUCGUCGCCGAGUCGAUAGGAAGACCAAGGUGACGACUUGCUAUGUCGACGUCAAAUCAGAGUUUCUGCGAGAUAUUUUAAGAGAUGUCUUAAAGGACAUUAAGGGGAUUAGCUUGAACGAAAGCAAGCUUUCUAUCGAGCAGAACUUGCUCUACACCACCCUUCCCAAGCUCGAGCUGUGUCAGAGCUGGAAUGAAAUCGCUCCUCUCGAUCAAGAGAGAACAUCGCAUCUCGGGUUGCUUAUAGACUACCUGAAAAGCGCAUAUACAGACACAACCCAGAGUAUGCUGUCGCUACUGCUUACCGGCUACAUCACGUACGACCUGCUCUGGGCCCUCUUCAAGCCGAAUGACUUGGUGUAUACUACUUGCUCUGGAACACACAAGCCUCGAUGUGUUAGAUACAACUUUGGCGAGGAGAAGAGAACCAAGGCGGGCACUAAAUACUGGAGUCUCGACUGUAGUUAUUUGGAUUUCAAUGGCGAAGACCUUUGCUUGCUCCCGAUCGAAGUGAAGAUCGCCAAUUUCCGUGGGGCAAAGUGCGUCACCGCCCUAGCGGCUUUCCCGCUCCAAUAUCAUGCGGAGGCCGCAAGGGUUCGAGCCGAGCUCCUUGGAUGCGGGCGGAAAUUCAUGUCCCUGAGGGGCUCUCACCAUCGUUAUUGCAAUGGCAAUGCCUUUUACGUGCGUGAUGGACAGCAGGUAGAAGUACGUAUCGACAGUCGGAUCAUGGUUGACGCCGCCUACUUCUGGAAGAUGAAUCCAAACCAUUUCAGGCAAACGGCCGAAAUGACAGACAAAUACCUCCUUAUUUGCUGUCCCAUAGUGCCUGGGUUCAGCCUCAAAGACAAGCUGUGGGUUGAAUUUGCAGUAAUUGAUAUCGAGGAAAUUAAAUGGUCUUUAAUGCUUUUCGACUGCCUAGCUUUACCCGAUGAGCAAAAAGAGGCUAUUAUGGCCGUGACAGAGACGAGUCGUGAUCCGGAUUCCGAAUUUGAUGACAUCGUUGUUGGGAAGGGGCGUGGCAUCAUUGUUCUUUUGUAUGGCAAGCCUGGGUUGGGAAAGACCUUGACAGUGGAGGCGAUAGCAGAACAUCGCCAAAAGCCAAUGUACUCGAUAUUUGCUGGAAACCUGCCUAUCGAUGCAAGUCGGCUUGAGAGCCAGCUCUUCAAAAUCUAUCACAUUGCGAAACAUUGGGAUGCAAUCCUACUCCUAGAUGAAGCAGAUGUGUUUCUCGAGGAACGUGCACCCAAGGAUAUAUACCGCAAUAGCGUCGUCUCGGUGUUCCUCCGCACGAUGGAAUAUUGUCAAGGGAUUAUGCUCCUAACAACAAACCGUGUGACUGACUUCGAUCCAGCAGCUCUUUCCAGAAUUCAUCUAAAGGUGAAAUAUAACGACCUGAAGAAUAAUGCGAAGAGCGAGGUAUGGAGGAAUUUCCUCGCUCGGAAGUGUACCUCCUAUGGAGCUGAUAGAAUAGAGUGA